AUGUCGUCCCUUCACCAACAACUCCCUACCCCAACCGACACUCCUAGUCGCAUGGACUAUGACGAGCCUUCACCAUCCUCUUAUGCACAUAACUCCACCACCUGGACUCCAGUUGAUAGUAUGACCCCAAUCUCCACCAAUCCUUCACGCAAGCGGUCACGUGACGAGACUGCUUUCGACCUUGGGGACGAUGGCUCGUACUUCCACGCUGCCGAAGUCAAGCCUCCGGCGCCCAUUCCGGAGGAGCCAAUUUACGGUGAAGGCAUGGUCCUGAUCAACCCCAGCACUGGCAUAGCACUUUCUGCAGACUCACAAACCGGCACGUGGUACGAGGAGAAGGCCGACCACGAGACUUUGAAGCGUGAGAUCGAGGCCGCCAACUUUCGGCCAAAACUGCCUACCAGCCGAAAGUCCGUCCGCCUGUCGCAAAGUUCUAUCAACGCCGGCUUGGAGGGCUUCAUCACCAAUAACGCUCCUAUCAACGCUCCUGCCAGUCCGCCCAAGACUGCUUCCUCUCAUCCAGAGAUCGACGAGGCUACAAUGGCUCUCGGCAUUGGCUGGACCAAGAUUUCGUCUGACGAGAGCAUACAAACAGCUGCUCGAGGCUGGGGGAGAUACCUAGAGAACCAUUAUGCGCGACACGUCCACGGUGCUGAGAUUCUGCUCAAGAGCAAUGGGCUUAAUGCCUAUCUCGUUGGCUGCCAAGAGGGCUUCUACCUCUUCAGCGAGAAUCUUCUGGAAGGUCGACUAGUAAGCCGUACCUGGGAAGCUUGUCUCACCAACCUUCGAUCACAGCCAAUAAUCUUUGAAGGUGGUGAAACAUUGACUGCUGAGAGGACACCGGGACCUGACACGGAGGUGAAGCAGACGUGUCCGCAACACACUGUUACUCCUCAGAACUGGGCUGAGUACCAUCGCUUACAGAGCGAGAACGGCGCUUGGGCUGGCACAAUGGAUGCAGAUUCGGUCAUGGCCAUCUGA